AUGGAGAUCAGGUUCAGUGGACCAUGUAGUCUUCACAGUUUAGAAGUACAUGGUAUCUACACACCGAGCAUCAUACCACACUACAUCAAAUUCAACUACAAAAACAGACCGGUCAACAUACUAGUGGCCAUACCGGGUAGACGUCAAGCUUGUCAAUCGUGCGACUCAACUCAACACUGCCCCCUAUCCUCACAAACAACAGAACCAGAGCCACCAAGAGUCACACCCCCUCCGCAACAGCAAACAGCGUCCCAAGAGCAGCCGGACCAACAAGCUGUACCAACCGCAAAGCCAAAUAAUCAACCUACAGCACAGGAUACAGCAACACCUGUACCACAACCCUCGAUACCAAGCAACCUACAAGAUCCUCCAACAAUGGGGCCAAUAGACCUAACCUCAGAAAUGGAAACCAGCUCGUCAAUGAAAAGAAAAAACCAAACCAGCCCCACUGAACUAGGGAAAACAACUAAAGGAAAAAAAAAAACACACAACGCUAACCAAAAACCCCCUCACAUGCAGCUACUGCCUGAACUCGCACCAAACACUCGAGGAACUAACACGUCACGAAGAUACAGAACACCGGGAAUUCAAGCAAUGCUUCCACUGCAAAGAUGGAAUAAUCCACGAGUCUAUUUCUAA